AUGCAAAUUUUCUAUGUUAGUGGGUCCAUUCUUUUGCUGGCCGCUCUUUGGCAAGUCGGAUUUCUUCAAAGCCUGUUUUCCACCUUGUGGAACUGUUUUGUAGCAGUAUUAGGGAUUUUCUCUGGAGUUAUGCUUUACCUCCUUUCAGGAAAACAGAGGAUUCCACCGACACCAAAACCAUCAAGGAAAGUUGAAACUGUAAGUCGUUUUCUCGCGAAGUUGACUCGAACUCAAACCCACAAGCCUUAUAUGCAAAGGGUGGUAGUUUCGCGGACUGUUGACAAAACCAUUCAAGAGGUUUUUGAUUUGUUUAUCCGAGAUUUUUGCCUGUCAUGGUUUCGUGAUUUAGGAAAAGACGAAGCAGCUUUCGUUGAUCUCUUAACCGAGGAGCUGUGGGUUGUAACAGCAAAUGUUGUGGAAAGACUCAAGUGUGUUGACAAGGUGAAAUUUUUGUCUAGUGAUGUGGUUGAAAUUCUGAGCCGACACUUUCAGCAGCUUCGUCUUGCGGAUACACGGACCUUCUCAGAUAAUGCACUGCCUUUUGUGCUUCAUCCCUGCCUGAAGAGCAGGGCUGAAGAACUUGAUUACCUACGAAAGGCCUCAGAAGUGUUGCUCUAUUGUCUUCUUCCUUCCAAGAAUUCACGUUGUUCAACAAUGCGGUAUCUUUUACGUGAGAUUUUAGCCUUUUCUGUUUUCCAGCCCCUGGCUGACAUGAUCUGUGAUCCAGAUUACAUUAAUCAAACACUUCUUGUACAUCUGGAAGCAAAGGAAGCCCUUGCUGCCAAACAUAAGCAGGGUUAUGCUUAUGCAGAAACAUACGAAGACUUCAUCAAAAUGAUCAACACAUCAAACUCAGUAGAGGCAUUGAAACAAAUCAGGUAUUACUUGGAUCUUUACAGUUACUUUUAUCCUUGACUUUGCACCCAAGAGCAGGCACUCAAGGGAAAUUUGGGUAGAGGUGUGACCCUGAUUAAUAAUGGAAAUUAAACUGAGGGGAGUGCAAUUUAUCGCAUUCGUACGGAUCGGUAAUGAAUGAUUACCUCUAGUUUAUAAUGGUAAUUGAACCUAGUGGAGUGCAACAUACACAUGAUUUUGGAUGAGUACGCUGUGCGAGUUUGAUUUGAAAUGACAAGUAUGAUUUCAGACAAAAGUUGCACGAUGUGGAGUUCAAUUACCACUUUUUUAAAGCCAUUUUGAAAUCGCAAAAUUCAGUGAGUUGAAAAGAUGAAUCUGGGAAUGCCUUCACAUCUCAUUUUAUAUGUGAAACAGAAAUGAUGUGAUUUAGAACAAAAAUGAUGUGAUUUAAAAACAGAAAUGAUGCAAUUUGGAAGAUUAAUGAUGUGAUUUAGACCAGAUGUGAUAUUUUAGAGCAAAAAUAGUGUGAUUCAUGAAUAAAUCACACAGCUGAGAGCCAAUCAGAUUGCAGGGAUCAACAGUGAUUACCAAAAUCAUUCAUUUGGCCACCCUGUUUAUAACAAGAUACCUUGUUUUAGCACCAUGAUAAAUUUUGUUUCGCAUCUAGAAUUACCGUAUUUAUUCGAAUAAGUGCCCAACCUCUAAUUUGUGCCCAUCCUAAAGGCAGAAAAAGUUAAUAAGUGCCCACCCUUAUCCCACCUCCCUCCCACCCCCACUCAAACUCAAAUAAGCACCCACCCCCAUCCCAAACCCUUUUCCCCUCCCACCUCCAAAAAAUUGAAUAAAUACUAAUAAGAGACUUCCCCGAAGAUGGACUUUUCUUUGGAGCAUUUUACAGAAACCUUGCUUUGUUACAUCUUCGCGUUUUGUUAAUACCAUUUAUUGUUUUGUUGCAAAAUAAACAUACUACACUUGCUGAAAAUGUUGAAAAUUAAUAAGCACCCACCUUGAAUAAGCACCCACUCUCAAGGUCCAAAAAUUUAAAAAGUGCCCAGGGCAGUUAAUUGAAGAAAAAAGGGAAGUGACUUUUUAAACUAAAACAAAUUACCAUAAAAUAAGAUUUAUUUGAGGAAAAAAAAAACUAUUGUUGGUACUACUCACUAACAAACUGCCCAUUUUUUUAAGGGCUUUUGGUCUCAAAAGACACCCUGUUCACCCUAUGUAACGUUUGUACCCCUUGAUGGUUCUUGGUCUGUUUACAAGUAAAACAUGCACUUCUCUGCUCCCUCCAGAUAUCAUAUUAUUGCUGAAAUCAUGCAGGCAACCACCAUUAAUAAUUUAAAAGGAAUUGACCAGUUUGGACAAGAUGACAAACAGGGAAAAGUGCUGAAGAAGGACGCUCAGUUAAGGGCUCGCAAUCUUAAGCGCUACAUUAACCAAUGUACUGUUGCCAAAUCGCAAUGUGAGAGACGUAUUAAGCUGUUAGGGGGUCCUGACUAUACCAACAAUGGCGCUGCUGAUGGUAAACAGACUGCAGUGGGACAAGAGAAUGUAAAAUCUGUCCAAAAAUCUACAAAGCAGAGUAAAGCUAAAGUUCUUACUUUUAUAGAGGUCAUGGACAACAGCUUGGCAAGAAGUUUUUUCAUGCUUUUCCUUCAGAAUAAAACUGGUAGCAAGAAUAUGCUCAGGUUUGAUUAUGUAAUUUUAACUUAGACUGUGAGUAGUCUCAUAAUUUUGUUUUAUUCAAAGUUAGUGGGGUUGUGAUGUGUAACGUGCAAGUGGUGAAGCAAGAUUAUAAUACGAAGAGAGAAAAACAAGAAACUGUAGUUGUUUUAUGAACAUGUGCACAGUUUGCAGCCCAGUGAUGAAGUUUACUGAUUAAAUCAUAAUAGUUACAAAUGUAUGUAUAGUCGUAGCCAACAGCAUUGAAUUAUUUCACAAAGUAAGUCAUAACAUACAGGAUUUUAAUGUAGUUUUAUUCUAUUUGAUUUUAAAAUAUCCUUAAAACAUUGAAUACUCAUAAUGCCUGCAGUGGUUGAGUUUGUAUUAGUGAGGUUUACAGUUAAGUCAUCUAAAAUUCAUCUCACCUGGAGUUAUGUCACCUGAAAUUAAUUGUUUAAUCAUUUGAAAUGCUAAGUUAUACCUCCUGAAAACUUGUCGUGGUCAACAAUAUGAUAAAAAAUUGCAGCUAGAUACAAAGAUUGAAAUAGAUAAAAUGUCUGAGCACUUUGAGUGAAAUAUGAAACUGUGAAACUCACGUUGGUUGUUUUGUGUCAUGCAUUUUUUGGCUUCUGAACUGGUCCCUAUCCCUCUUCCAUUCCCUCAAAACACAAUUUUCACCCAUAGAUCCUUGAUCCUGGAUCCCUUAACUUUGAUCCUUGAUACCAAAUCCUUGUUUUCCAGUAAAGGCUUUUAUCUUAUUGUCACUUGCAGUCACUUCCCCCCCUUUAACCAAGUUGAUUUGACAUUAUGGUGAUGCCUGACUUGAGAUUUGCGUUUUUUGUAUGUUCCAUUAAUGUACAUUUUUCUUUUGUUUUACUGCAGUUUCUGGAUGGCAGUUGAGAACCUCAAAUUAGUCAAACAUACCGAACUGCACAAAAGUGCUCAAGAAAUCUACCAAGUGUAUGUUACACCAUCCUCAGACAAAUCUGUCAUGCUGGACACAACUCUUGUUAGGGGAAUGGAACAGUAUCUGCAGGGAAUGCAUGGCUUGCAGGCAUUCUUUGAAGCACAGAAAAAAGUGUUCACUUACCUUGAGGAAAAGUUUUACCGCAAAUUUGUACUGAGUGCAGAAUAUUCCAUGUUUGUGUGCCAGUCUGAGGCAGAAAUGGAUGACCUGCGUGCACACAAAAGGGACGAAGAAGAUUUGGAAUUCAACUGGAAUGAUGAUGCAGAUACUACUGAUGAAGAUGUAAGCUGUAUUUAGAUUUUAUAAUAUUGUUGGAAGCAGCAUUUGCAAGUGGUCACACAAGGACACUGGACUUGCAAUUCAGAGUCCCAAAGUUCAAGUCCUUCCUUGACCACAUUGAAGACUGACGACUUAUUGUUUCUCAGCAUUUUUGAGUUCAACUCUUCAACCAUGCUUAUAUACUAGCUAGAUGUAACUCAAUUGCCUCUUACAAGUACCCGUUGGAAGUCUUUUCCUUGUUAUAUUAUUUGAUUAUUUUUUUCAGUCAUUUUCUCAGCUCCACUUCUUACAGUGUGUAUAUGCUAUAAGUGUGGAUACAGUCAUGGGUAAAAUAAUAGUUUCAAUUGACUACACUUACUUCUUUUUCUUUAUAACUGUAUUUAAACGUUAGUUUAUUGAAAAAUUUCAGGUUGAAGGUGAUGAAAGUGACGGAACUCCCAAACUAGGUAAGUAAAAGUGUUGCUGUUAUCUCUGAAACAAUCAUAAUAUUAUUGGUCCAUAACCUGUCUCAGCAAAAACGUACAGUUAAAAUAUUUUCUCUGAUUUUAUUGCAAAAUGAUAUUUUUUUGUGUCUAUCCUAGCACGUAAGCCAAGCACAGUUGAAGAACGAAGUGAUGCUAUCGUAAAAAAGUUGGAAGUUUUAGAUCAAAGACUUGCCUCAAAGGUAACAGUUUGUUUAUUUUUGUUGGUAUGGCUUAAUAGUGAGAGUUACAUGUACAGACAUACAGUGUCGAAACACUUUAUACUGUACAUACUACUUCUACUUGGUAAGGGAGAGGUAUAACAAUGUAUUUUGUAACGUAAAAUGUUGAUUUAAUGAUGAGCUUAUUUAUUUUAGACACAGCAACUUGAACUUGUGAAGCGAAGUUAUGGAGCUGAAGUACAGGUAGUUUUUCUGAUCAUGAACAAGUACUUUUAAUUUAUUUCAGCUUAAAUUUUUAUUAACUUUUUUCUUUGAAUAUGGUUAUAAAACUGGGCAGUUUCGCUCUUGUUGAUUGGUUGAGUCAGUUGGAAAUGAUUUGAUGACGGUGCAAUAUGUUUUUCUCAACUCUCCCACAUGAUUUUCCUAGAAACUUCUCCAGAAAUGAUGUUAGAAAUUGUCUUCAGUGUAUAUUAUUGUAAGAAACAAACAGGCAAUUAUUUUCUAAAAAUCUUCUUAUUAAAAGUUUUUGAUAUUUUGCAGAAUUUUUACUUUUAUCGUAUUCUAAAUAGGGAGAACUUUAAAAUGGAAGUUGAACAGAAGUAUUUUGUGGCACAUUUAAUUAUUACAGUACAACAUAUUAUUGAUUAUCUAAAAACCCAUCUGUUAAAAUUUGGUCAAAUAAGUUUCAAAUGGUAAUGAUUAAUUGUAGUAAGCUGUGUGCAAGGUUAUAGGAAAAUCCAAUGAGCAAAUUUUAUGUAAACUGAGCAAAAGUGAAAUUUUAAGGUUGUUUUCAAUCGUUCAUGCUCCCAUGGAAACUAUGAAAAUGUCAAAAUUUACCUGUCAAUCCAAAUCUUUCAUCAGUAUACUUUUCACUUGCCAAGUUUCAGCUUGUGAGCUGCAACCUUUCUCUUGUCACGAUUUGGCAAAUGACAUAUACAGUGAAACCCCGCCUUACGGCCACCUGACAAAAACUGCCAUACAUUUUCUUGUAAAAAAACCCUCGUUAAUAUGGCCACCCUGUUAAUACGGCCAAUUUUUUUUGCCCAAUGGUGGCCGUAUUAAUGGGGUUCCACUGUACUCACAAACUGCAAAAACUGUGUUCAGCCACCUUAAACUGGUUUUUGAAAUCAUUAAAAAAAUACCACAAUUGUGCCAAUCCAAUAAUACACUGUGUAUGUUGUUGCAGUUGCUUCAUAAGAAACAAUUGAAAUUACAUGCAAAUGUAAUGCUGUCUUUCCAAGGAAGCUUCCUGCUGAUGAGUUAAAGGUCUACCAUGUUGAAGGGUGGAAAAAAAAUUGAGCAAUUGAAAGAAGUGUGCUUGUAUAUAUGGGGAUCUACCCUGCGCCCCCAUUGGUCGUCCAAUAUUAGUUAAUGCUCUUGUAAGACAACACAUGUGCAAGGUUCGAUUAAGACGUCCCUUGGGCCACCAGCUGUUGCAGCUCUAGGAGGCAACCAAUUUCUUACAAUGUACAUGCAUGCACUUAAAGUAUGAUGGCUGCAUUGAAUUAUCGAAAGGAGCUGACUGCUUUCUAUCCAAAGACUGACAUUUAGAUUCUCUCUUAAUUUUGCCAGGAAAUGGAACAGUUGAAGAGUGAAAUUGAAAGAUUAAAAACUGAAAGAAUGCAGCUAGAGUUCCAUGUAGAAAGGACAGGUACACUUUCCAACAAUAAAAUUAAUGUUAAAAAUAUCUGCAGUUUAAUAAACAAAAUCAAUUUAUUACAUGUACAUGUACUAUGUUUAUUUACUAGAUCAGUGGUGUGAGAAUUUGGGGAAGUGGAAGAUAGAAAUUCAAAGUGUAGAGGUGAAAUACUGUAGUGAUGUAUAUAACAUUAUCUUUUAUGUCAUUAAAUAGUACUUAGUCAGUCAAGGCAAAAAAAAUUUCUUCCGUUUCUCUAACUAUGUUCAAAAAUAUAUAUUGAGCAAUUACAGCAAUUAUUACCACCCACAAUAAUUCAAUGCUGGUAACAAUACAUCUCAGUAAUUUCCUAGUUCUUGUGAGAAAACUAGAAAACUAACUUUUGUACAUGAGAAAAAACUGUCCAGGGAACUGUCUCACCAAUAGUAUCAGUACAACAAAAAAGAGAAACUGCAAGCAGAGAGGUGUGUAAGGUUAAGUGUUCAUCUGCAUGCACAUGUAACUUUUUUCUUGUUGUUUUGUGUUGAUGUAUGUGUGAGCCAGUUCCACUACCUGACUGUCAAGUUGUGUGGUUGACAGCAAGAAUACUUUGCAUUGACUUUGUAAUCUGUGCAUAUUGUCCUUCAACAGCAUGUUUGAAAGUAAAGACCUUUAAAUACUGUAGUUAGAAGUAAAAGUUGAAAUCUGAGCUUUUACGUUAUCAUACAUUGAAAGUAAAAUAUUGCAAAAACUAAUAAUGUGACCAACAAACAGGAAUGUUUGUUGAUCAAAGAUUAUGUGUCACAUGGCAAUCUUAAAGUUGUACAUGUUCAUGAUUGGUUGUGUUAAUUUUUAUUAAGUGUUGACAGCUAUUUUUAGUAAAAUAUUAUUUGAACCUCUUCACUAAGUUUAAUGAGUGAUUUUGUCAGCAGUGGAAUCCAGAACAUGGUGAAAGAUCUGUUCCAGUUUAUGCUAUUGUGGUCCACAGUAGAGCAGAUGGAAAACAAGAUCAGCUGCAGCCAGGAGGGAAAUCAACCGAAGGACAUGCAUAUGUUAAUUCGGAAGGAUGGGUUGUCACAAGAAAGUUCAAAGAUUUUGAGACGCUUCAUUUAAAACUAAAAGAGGUACUUGUAUGUUUAUACUACUUGAGAUAG